AUGAGCAGCAAAAAACAGGAGAAGCAAUCAAAGCCGAUCAUUCCGCGCAUCGACAUCGAGCCGUUUGAGCUCGAAUCGACGUCGGCGGCGAUGAUGAGGUGCAGCUCGAUGAGCUCGACCGAUCCAUGUCGCACAUCAUCGAUGAGCUCCCGAUUGUUGUCCUUCAGCACCGCGGCGAAUGCGGUGAUGGGAAGCAAACGUCGAUUAUCGGAGAUGAUUCGCAAGAGCAUUUUGGGUACUGUGCAUUUAAGCUUCUCGUAA